AUGCUCGAGAAUUCGUCCACUUACGUUUGGGGUCAGAUUAACGGCGUGGAAGAAGACAGGGUCGCAAAGCCACAUCGACCUCUACCAUCGGGGUUAAUAUCAAUGGAGAAUGCGUCGCUACUCUAUUACGCCCUCUUCGUGUCCAUGUGGGCUGCUGCCUAUCUUGAAAAGACAGUUCAGUGCACCCUGAUCUACUCCAUGGCGAUCAUCUUCUACAACGAGGGAGGUCUGGCCGCAAUACCAGUCGUCAAAAAUGUAAUUGGAGCUGUGGGGCUCGCUUGCUACUGCUGGGGGACCACGGUCAUACUCGGUAUAGACCUCGACCACUCACCGGCCGAAUUAAAAAUCCUGCACCGCGCUGACAUGGUCUUAGAUCACGGGAGGGAGCUAAGUAGCACAAAGGCUGUUGCUUUGGUGAUAAUAGUCGGCAUAUUCAGUACUACGGGCCACGCUCAAGAUUUUCGUGAUCGUUCGGGUGACCUCUUGAUGGGCCGCAAGACGAUUCCUCUGCUCCUCUCCCAGCCUGUGGCCCGCUGGUCCCUCGCAGCCAUGAUCGCGGGCUGGACGGUCGGCCUGAUCGCGCUGUGGCAGCCACCGGUCCUGGCCAGCGUUGCAUUCACUGCGCUGGGCCUGAGGUGUCUGGGCGGCUACCUCCGGAGCUACGAGGAGAAAGACGACUACGUGUCGUACCGCUGGUACGGGUUCUGGCUUCUUGGAGGGAACCUACUGCCCAUCUUCCCGAGAUUGAGGGGUGAGAUGCAAUAG